ACAUUCUAUGUAUCUACAGCACGCAAGUGUACGACCGUUCUAGAACUCAGACAAAAACUGCACGUGCAGCUUAGCAGCAGUAGCGGUUACUUCUUCCUCACGUCUAGAGCGCGUUCACUGGCCGUAAGACGUCACGCACAACAUGGCGGCGCACAUAGCAAGACGGUCUUAUUUACUUUGUCGUAGCGCAGGAAUAAAUGUGAUUCCACUGCAGCUAAGACCAAAGAUUAUCGCACGAGGGGACGUUAUUAAGAGCACUUUACAGCCAGGUGUUUGUUACGGGACUCGAGAGACAGACACCAGACAGGACGCCCAAGUUCACGUUCCAGUGGACCGUCUGACAAUAUCUUACAGCAGAAGCAGUGGUGCUGGUGGUCAGCAUGUCAAUAAAGUCAGCACAAAAGCAGAGGUCCGAUUCCAUGUGCAAACAGCAGACUGGCUCCCAGACGAUGUUCGACAGAAAAUCUUUGAGCAGAACAAAAACCGCAUCAAUAAGGCCGGAGAGCUGCUGGUGACCUCUGAGCUGAGCAGGAGUCAGCAGAGAAACCUAUCUGACUGUAUACAGAAGAUUUCUGCCAUCAUAGCUGAGGCCAGCAAGAAACCACAUGAACCUACAGCAGAGGACAUCGCGCUUAGGGAAGCCAGGUUAGAGAAGAGGAACAAAGAGCGUCUCAAACAGAGGAAAAUCCACUCAGCAACCAAGCAGGGCAGACGAGUGGACUUUGACUAACUGUUGUUUCUAUCUCCAAUGACUGAUUUAACUGUGUUGUAAAUAAAUACAGCUAAAUGAUA